GCUUCUUUUUCUUCUCCGCUUUCGUUCGUUCGUUAACCCGAAAGUUCUUGUGCAGCUCUUCUAGCCUUCGGCAGCUGCUCAUCCCGAUCCUCGGCUGCUCCGCCUUGCCUUCUCUCUCACCUUGUCGAUCUCCGCUCGGCAGGACGACUCCUGCUGCCCCUGCGGCGGGCUGAGUCAUUGCCCGACUGAAGUGAAAAGGAAAGUUUUCCAAAUAAUCUGCACCUACUGUGAAAGGUCAAGGAGAGAACUUUGUAGGGGGAUAAGAGUCACGGGUUCUGCUUCCGAGAUAUGGAUCCUGGACGCUACGGUCCUCAACAAGGAUGGGAUAACAACAGCGCUUUGGAGGGGUAUGGUGCUGCCCAUGAGCCUAAUUUCCGGGUCGGAAAUUCAUAUGAUGAAAGGAGGUUCUUAGGUGAUAGAUAUUCAGGAGAGAACAUCUACCCAAGAAAAGCAUACCCUCAGGACCACUUGGAGAGGGACGAUUAUCCUCCACCGCCUUCCGCUGUUGGUUUUUGGCCUCACUCGAGGAAGAGGAGUUAUGAAGAAGAAUAUCCGCUUGAAAGAGCUUCUAGGAGACAUGAUACUUAUAAUGAUAUCGAUUCAAGUCAGGAAUAUGAUAAAUUACAAGAUGUAUAUCGUGCUGGUGACAACUAUCGUGAUCGUGGAUUUGAUCGAUCUGCUAGAUACGGGGAUAGGGAGCGUGAUGACUAUGGUUAUGAUGAUUAUGGGCAUAGGUCUCGUACUUCACACCAACACCGAGAGGAUAGUCGUGAACGAGAUUAUGAGUACGGCUGUCGUAGUUAUGACUCUGAUUAUGACAGAAGCAGUAGGAGAGAUGGCAGUUCAAGGAGGCGUGAUUAUCACGAUCGUGAACAUGAUAAAAGAAGUUCAAACAGGGAAAGAGGUCAAAGUCCGCAUGGAAGGUACGAGCAAUCCCGAUCACGGUCUAGGUCCAGGUCCAGGUCACGCUCCCAUUCUAGGUCUCGUGGGCGUGAUGAUUAUCUAAGAUCAAGAUCUCGUGAUCGUAGUCGUAGUCGUAGUCAUCGGGAAGACAGUUACGAUGAUGGUCGGUAUGAAAGGCGAAGGGACCGUGAUGAGAAACGACAGCAUGACUAUUAUGCAGUGGCCCCAUCUGCCACUGUUGUUGUCAAGGGUCUCUCACAGAAAACAACUGAAGAAGAUCUAUAUCAGAUUCUAUUGGAAUGGGGACCUCUUCGCCAUGUCCGCGUAAUUAAAGAGCGCAUUUCUGGUUUAUCUCGGGGCUUUGCAUUUAUUGACUUUCCUUCUGUGGGAGCUGCAAAAGCAAUGAUGGAUCGAAUUGGGGAUGAUGGUCUUGUUGUAGAUGGUAGAAAAGUUUUCUUUGAGUACAGUAGCAAGCCAACUGCCGGGUCUGGAUCUUUUAAUCAGGAAAACCAGGUGAAAUCAGGUCACAGUAACCACAGAAAUAUGAUUGUGCCCUCUGAUUGGAUGUGCAUCAUAUGUGGCUGCAUUAAUUUUGCUCGAAGAACAUCCUGCUUUCAGUGUAAUGAGCCACGGACAGAUGAUGCCCCCCCAGCAGAUGUUAUCUCAUCGAGUCAAGCAGCAUUGGGGAGAAAAGGAUCGGAAGCAGGGCCAACACAUGUUCUGGUUGUUCGUGGGUUGGAUGAAAAUGCUGAUGAAGAAUUGCUUCGAUAUGAAUUCUCGAAACAUGCUCCCAUCAAGGAUCUUCGUCUUGUCAGAGACAAGUUUACUCAUGUGUCAAGGGGAUUCGCAUUUGUACAUUUUUAUUCGGUACAGGAAGCCACUAAAGCUCUUGAAGCGACAAAUGGUACAGCCCUUGAAAAGAAUGGGCAGAUUCUCAGAGUAGCUUAUGCAAAAAGCGUUCUUGGUCCAGGAUCAGGGGCAUCUGCAUCUUCACAAUCAAGCAGCCUAGCUGCUGCAGCAAUUGAGGCUGCAGCCUUCUCCCAACAGUAUGAUGCUGUUGGAUGGGCACCAAAAGAAUAUAAUCCUGAUGACAAGCAAAGCACUGAUGCACAAGGUGGUGGGGAAAUCUCGGGUCAGAAAGAUGGCUCAGCUCCACAAUCUGGUUUCGUGUGGGACGAAGCAUCGGGUUAUUAUUAUGACGCUGCCUCUGGGUUCUACUAUGAUGGGACUACAGGUCUAUAUUACGACGGUAAUAAUGGCAUUUGGUACUCUUUCGAUCACCAAACCCAGCAAUAUGUGCCCUGCACAGAUCAGAAUGAUGGUAAAACGCCAAGUAAAGAAUCUGAGCCUUCCAAGGGGACAGACGGCUCCAGUAGUAACAGGAAGGUGGUCAUCUCUGCACCUGCUGCAACUAUAACAUCAGCUGAGAAGGCUGCUGCUGCUUCAUUACCAGAUGCUGUCCAAGCUGCUGCAGCUGCUGCCAUAGCAGCAGAGAAGAAAGAGAAGGAGAAGGCGAAAGAGAUUAAACUGGCAUCGAAAAGCAGCAUCCUUGCUAGCAAGAAGAAAAUGAGCAAUGUGUUGACAAUGUGGAAACAGAGGACCCACGAAGGACAAGCGACCCGUGUGGCUCUUGAUGAAGGUCAGUUAUCCGAUGAUAAAGAAAAGCCCUUUGCCUCUUCUGGGCUUUCCAAUAAGAGCAAGGAUAAUUCCACUUUGAGUUCAGGAGUUAGCAUGAGUCUUCCUGCUUAUGAAUCUCAAGCAAAGCCGAGGCCUAUUGUCAAUAGCUCGGGGGGAAGCUUGAUGGGUGUGAUCAGGGGAUCGGGAAGAGCUGUUGAGAGAUCAGAGGCAUUGUAUUCGGGCUCUUCUGCUGGAGUUUCACCGUCUUCUGCUUUUGCUUUCAUGGGUUCUUCAUCCUCAUUGGUGAAUAAUGGAGACGAGCUUGCUUCGUCGACUCCAUUCAAAACCAAUGCAUCAGCAUUGGGUUCUUAUUCGACACCUUCAGCUUCUGGGAGCGGCAAGAGGAGGUUCUCCGAGGUGCCAUUGAGUUCGGCUUCAUCUAAUCAAAGAGAUCAGCCUCAUACGGGUUACAGGGAUCGUGCUGCUGAGAGAAGGAGCUUAUAUGGUUCAUCUUCUGCUGCUGCUGAUGUAUCUGAUCUAGAAUUUGCAGAUACAAAUCGAGAUGUGGGAUUCAAGAAGAGUAGUUUGGAUUCUUCCAUGCCAUUUCCCCCGGGUGUAGGGGGUGGACGUGGGGCAGGAGAUCCCAACAUCAAUACACCCAGUUAUGAGGUGAUCACAGCAGAUAAAGCGAUUGAUGAGAGCAACGUCGGUAAUCGGAUGCUCCGCAACAUGGGCUGGCAGGAAGGAGCGGGUCUAGGGAAGGACGGAAGUGGGAUGGUAGAACCAGUUCAAGCACAGGCAGUGGAAAGUCGAGCAGGGCUCGGGAGUCAACAGAAGAAGAAAGUAGUUGAUCCAAGCCUCGAGGUCCAGGCAGGCGAUAGUUACAAGACCCUCAUUCACAAGAAGUCUCUCGCGAGGUUCCGGGAGAUGUCCUGAAACCAAUCAUCUGAAGCAUUUUGUUGGUAGCCGCUUCUCGAAUGAAGAAAUUAGAGUCCUGAGUGAUGAAAGCUCCAUCUAAUAUCUUUUUGCGCGUCGAAAAUGGUAUAUAUGAUUGGUUUUCCUUUUGGGUAUGUUCCUAACGAAGAACCCGAUCAACUGAAGCUUCCCAUGUACCCAUAUGAUUGAGCAAUCAAAUUUAUUACUUAAGGUCUAGACUUUAAGAUUUCAUAAUUGAAACAGCUUCUUGGUCAUCGA